GCACGCGCAACGUCGCGAGCGCCCUCUCCCCCGUGCGGCGGCGUUGCGUCCUGCCCCCCCUCCUCUCUGCCUCCUGCGCCGCCGAGAGAGCCGCGGAGUGGUGGUGGCGGCCCUGUUCAGUCUAUGGUUCAGUCGCGGGCCCGUGUGUUCUCUGGUCGUGGCUGCCGUUGGUCGAGCUUGGGGCCGCCGCCGGUGUUCCACAAUGGAGACGAUGGAGUAGCGUACCGCAGCCAGCGCGCCGCUGGGUAUCGGCCUUUGUCUGGCGACACCAUGGCGGUGGUGGGCGCCCGCUCGGGCCGCCCCGUGAUCGCGUUCACGGGCGCGACGGCCGCCGCUCCUCAGCAGGCCAUCCUGACCGCGGCCCAACCCUUCUACCACCCGCCCGUAACGGUGCAGGAUAUCCAGCCGGACAGACCCAUUGGAUACGGAGCCUUCGGCGUCGUUUGGUCAGUCACAGACCCCCGAGAUGGCAAGCGAGUGGCCCUCAAAAAGAUGCCCAAUGUUUUCCAAAACCUGGUCUCCAGCAAGAGAGUCUAUCGUGAGAUCAAGAUGCUCUGCUUCUUCAAGCAUGAAAAUGUCUUGUCAGCACUGGAUAUCCUACAGCCUCCACACUUAGAUUUCUUUCAAGAAAUAUAUGUCACAACAGAACUGAUGCAGAGUGAUCUGCACAAGAUCAUAGUUUCUCCACAGCCACUUACUUCGGAUCACUUGAAAGUUUUUCUUUACCAAAUAUUGAGAGGCCUCAAGUAUUUACACUCCUCAAGGAUACUUCACAGGGACAUCAAGCCUGGCAACCUUUUGGUUAACAGCAAUUGUGUUCUUAAGAUCUGCGACUUUGGGCUGGCCCGUCUGGAGGAGCGGGAUGAACAGCGGCACAUGACGCAAGAAGUUGUGACUCAGUACUAUCGUGCCCCAGAGCUCCUCAUGGGAGCACGUCACUACGGUUCGGCCGUUGACAUCUGGUCCGUGGGCUGCAUCUUUGCUGAGCUGUUGGGACGGCGCAUCCUGUUCCAAGCACAGACUCCCAUCCAGCAACUGGAGCUGAUCACGGAGCUGCUGGGCACUCCCCUGUUGGAAGACAUGAAGCACGGUUGUGAGGGUGCGCGUGCCCACCUGCUGAGGCGUCCCACCAAGCCACCCUCCUUGGCGGCUCUCUACACCCUCUCGCCACAGGCAACCCACGAGGCAGUCCACCUGCUCUGCCAGAUGCUUGUCUUCAACCCUGACAAGCGGAUCAGCUGUGCAGACGCCCUGUCACACCCAUACCUGGAGGAAGGACGGCUGCGAUACCACUCGUGCAUGUGCCGCUGCUGCCAGAGUACGCCAGCGGGUCGCCACUAUGUGGCCGACUUUGAACCUGUUGCGCCACAUGCCUUCGACGACUCUUUCGAGACAGAACUUCUCUCUGUGCACCAAGUGAAAGAAAAACUCCACAAGUUCAUUCUGGAAAGGUGUGCCACUUCAAACCGGGUCCCACUCUGCAUCAACCCUCUUUCGACUGCUUUCAAGAGCUUUGCUAGUUCGACGGUGGCGCACCCUUCGGAGCUGCCCGUCGCCCCACCAAUGGGAGUGACACGGGCCCCCUCCCCUGCACCACCCGUGACCCUUGCUGUUGCCAGCCUUGGGGGCCCAAAGGCUGCAGUUGCCACAGCAGCUUCACCGACGCAUCAUUCACCACUGCGAUCACCUCUGUCACCACCAUCACCGCCCGUCUACGACGGCGGCACUGCUCCCUCGGGUCCCCCAGUGGCAGCACCACUGCUGAGCCAACCAGCUGCACAACACUCUCGACACCAGUGUGGAUUGGCUGCUGUCGACUGUCUGUCACUCUCUCACACACAUGCACGGGAUUAGUGUUGAUGGGGAGGCUUCUUGGCUUAAGGGUGCAAGUCGAUGCGUCGGGAGCAUUUUGGUGGGUGGUCGGCCGUCUACUGAGCGACUCAGCCGCAAGCGCUCCGUGAGAAGCUUGCGGCUGUCUUGUGUCGGCCACGAAUGCGUCGAGUUUUGAGAAAGGCACAAAAAGGUCCUUGCGGAUAGAGCCAUUGUCAAGGCUGUGAAUGGAGUCACUUUUUUUUUUUUCCCCCUCAGUGGCACCUGCUGGAAAGAGGGAAAAUUAUCAAGUUUUCUUUUCUCUCUAUUUUUUUAGCUUCACACUUCAGUUUUCUCUUAUAUUGCCCUACUGCUUUAUUUUUCCUCUGCUUUUAGCCAGGGUGUUCACUUGAUUGCAGGAUUCCUUAUACUCUUUUUUUUUUUCUAUCCUGUUUUGCCCUACUUGGACCCUUUGAGAAGGUCUUUGUUUGGUCUGGUUCGCAUAACUGAAGAAAGAUAUUGCGGCAUCUCAAAGGAGAGAUGCAGGAGCUCAGACCAUCUGGCUCUCGGUAUUCAGUGAAAUUUGUCAGGGACCACCGCAAACGCAAGAGGCUUUAGGGCAAAUUUUCACGUGACGCAAUGCCUGACCAUUUGUCGCUUGCAAGCGUAGUCACCGGUGACGGCAGACAUUUACGGCACUCCCAGCCUACCCCAGGUUUCUCCUUGGGGACUAGUAAAGAGCAUGCUGAUACUCUUCUCACCCGCCUCUGUUACUUUAACCUUCCGAGUGACGUCCUCCUCCUUGUAGAGGAAUAGCAUGGCUUUUUCAUGUCCCUGUGCGAGCGUGGAGCGUCUUCAGGUCACGGUUGCCUGUGCAUCAUGUGUGGGGAGCACUUAGCCUAAAAAAAAAGUGUGCAUGAGUGUGUGUGUGUUUGCACGCCAUGUUUGUGUACUUGUUUGAUGCGAGGAACUUGACAUGGGGAUCUUUAAAUAAACAAAAAAAAAGGUACAGUCUGGGGAGAGCUGUUGUAAUGUCUUACUGUGAUAACUUACUGUCAUUUUCCCUUCUAUGUAUGUGUGUCUUUUGCACGCUUUCAUCCUUUGUAAGGCCCAACUUGCUAGUACCUCUUGUGAUGCGCCCUUUGGCUGACUUACCCGCAGGAAGUGCUGGUGCAGGCGAUCAAAGCUUUUUGUUAUGCUAAGCAGCGCUUAAAUUUGUUUUUUGUCUGUUAGCUUCCAUCACUUUCCCUUUGCUGCAUUCAAAUUGUCAAGGCUGGUAAAAAAAAUUUUUAAACAUUCAUGUAAACAUUAUGUAGGCAGCAUUCACCUAAUGUAAUAUAUAGGGUGUCCCAACUAUCAUACACCAAGAUUUAAGGAUAUGCAAGUCCCAUGUAGCUGGAUAGAACCAAGGUAAUGUUGUUUGCCGUAGCUUGGAGUACCUAAUUACAUAAUUAGUCUGAAUUAAUUUCUAAAAUAUUAUAAUUAGAUUAGAAGUGUCAAUGAGAAAAUUGUAGGGCAACAUGACAAACUCCCAUUACAGCUUUCUGUUGUUGCUCAGUACAUGCUAUAUAACUGUUUUUCCAAGCGUGAAAGAAGUCCGCAAGUGCAUGCAAAAUUGCACUUUGCUUGUGUUUGUGGGCUUCUUUCACGCUCGGAAAUACUUUUAUGUUGCACAUACUGAGCAACAACAGAAAGCUCUGUCGGGAGUUUUUCAUGUUGCUCUACAGUUUUCUUAUUGACACCUUUCAUCUAAUUAUAAUACUAUUUGCGAAGUUGAUUAAGACUGGUGAUGUAAUCAGGCAGAACACAAAAAAUAAUCUGCUUAUCUCCAAACGAUGAUAAACAACAUUACCUUGGUUCUGUCAAGCUGCGUGGCAUUGCAUAUUUUUUCAUUUUGGUGCACGAUAGUUGGGACAUACUGCAUAGUAUGGUCCUAGGUUCACACUCUUUAAAACCAUUCAGACCAUCAGCUGAUAGAAAGUGAGUGACCAGAUUCACUUUACGUUCUCAGCAUUCGGCGUCGCUUAGCCAAGGCAAUGAUACCUGCCCUGCAGAAUGUUUUACAAAUUGGAGGUGCCUGUCGUUAGCUUAGGAGUGUAGCGUGCUUCUCGAGAAAUCCUCGUUCAUCUCCUGCGAGGUCGAAUACGUCCUUCAUUCACUUCCCGACUGUGCAUUUCGUACGCGAAAGAACAGCCUGUGUGUGCGCUGGAAAAAAAAAAAGUCUCUUCGGACCAAAGCAUGUACAUACAUCAUUACCAGUCAUGCUCACUCAUCAAUGUACAUUAUUUUGUACUCCUCAUAGCUAGCUAGAAACAUAUUAGGAUUGAAAAUUGGUCAAGUUGGCAACGAUCCAUCUUACCACUUAGGACAGGGACAAGCAAGAAGAGGGGACGCCAGUGAAUGUGCUGUGUUGUUUUGCUUGUCCCUGUCUCGCGUGGUGCUGUUGAAAAUGAAUGGCUAGAAACAGCAGACACCCAGAAAAAGGGAGACUGAGCUCUGUGCAGCAGUGACGGAGCACACGAAGUUCUCUCUCACAGAAAAGUUGUGCUCUUUAUUGCCUGCUGUCCGAGAAACCUCUCGCUUUGUCGUCCCCUUCCAAGCCGUUUAUUUUUCCCUUUCUUCGGCUAGUUCAGCACAUGCUUUCUAUUUUCCUGAAUGGCUGAAUUCAAGUAGGACAGUUGGUAUUUACGACUGCUCUAACAUCAUUCACAUGCAAACUUUGCAUUAAGGAGCAGUUCAGCUAAGAGCACGUUGUUUUAGCUUUAGUGCACAGGUUUUAAAUUUCUAUGCAUUUUUGUUCCUUUUUUUUCCCCCUCCGAGUUCUGUAUAUUCAUCCUCUCGCCCACCACUACCGGUCUUGUUUUGUUGUGUUGAUUGCAUGCGGUGCAUCGGGUAGCCACCCUGGCUUAAGUUUUACGUUCGCAUGCUUCUGGACAGCUUCAUCACAUGUGAACGGUGAUCUAUCGGUGUAUUUUUAAUGUUGCCAUCAUUGCUUGUCCUGGUGUAUUUUCGGUAAUACCCGGAAUUUCCUCAGUUCAGUGUGGUUGCUGAUGUUGUUAUGACUGCAGUCAUAGGUGCUGUCGUUAACAUCUUACCUCCCCCUCUCCCUUUUAUGUUGUCCAUGUGAUGAAACAUACCCUUUUUUUAGUAUGAUCUCAGUAUGUUGCACUUUCGUUUGCAUUUUUUUUUUACUUUUUCAUUACGGUAGUGACGCUAUCGCAUCGGUGGUUGAUUUCUUUUUUGUUUCAAAGUGUGUGGUGUAUUCACAAAAGAUGGGUUGUCACUCCAAGUGUAUGUUUAUGCCAUUGUAAUUCAUGUACUGUACGUAAGUGUUGCCCCACAUAGGAACUUUUUGUACUCUUGCAAGGCCAUUGUAUGCAGCAGCAUUGUAUAUAGCGAGGUUAUUACUACUGUCACCACCUUUUUGACUUACUGCAGGACAGUUUUCCUUCAUUUUUUUUCUUUUCCCUCCCCCUCGGGUUUUACCUCUUCUUGUUUCAACCUGUUUGUUGGUUUCUCAGCCACUCCUACUGCAGACAUAUAUCCACACAGUUCUUGGAACUCUUACAUGUCGGUUCUUUUCAUGGCGUUAUCCCGCAUUGAGCUGCAUCAUUUCACUUGGUGUUUUACCAGUGGGCUCGCUUGCAAGCCUGCGGGCUAAACCCUGCAUAAUAACUAGGCAAGCCAUUUCUUUUAACUCGUAAGCGCUGAUGAGUAGUUGGUGUGUGUUUUCAUCCUGUCCGUAAGCAAUUGACAAAGCCUCACUUAUCGUUCGAUGUGGCCCAUGUACAUACACAGUAAAAUAUAUCGCUGCAUUAAAUGUCGAGGGCAAAGGACUUCUUAAAAAUCUGUGUCUUUCUUAUUAACUAGUGGAGGUAAAAUGAUGCAAGAAGCACCUUGGUGCACACGAAGUAUUUGUAGCGGCGAUGCCUAGUUGAUGUGUGUAGCUGCUUAUAAAAACACUGUUUUGCGAGUCCGUGACUUUCACCACUCGUUUUAUUUUUUCUCCCCUUCUGUUCUGGCACUAACACCACACACUCUCUUUAGCUAUUGACGUGCCAAAGAACAAGUGCUUCUCGUGGUUCUCUUUUUUUUUUUAGUCUACUAACACCGGCAGCGCCAACAUAAUUGCAACCAGAUCUCUGGACCUCCACUUUUUUUUUUAGUUGUCUUGGCGCAGACUGACGUGUGGGUCAACUUCCUGCCAUGUACUAUAGUAUAACUUAUUUGUGUUUUCGUGUUCCUCGGGUACUUUUUUUUCUUCUAGUACAUGGGGGCUAUAGGCUCUGCCUUGAGAGGCAACUCCUAAUAUUAUGCGGAAACUAGUCGUAAGGAUUGUUCGUCUUACACUGACCUCGGCUUCACACUGUCUUGUAUGGAUGCAAUCAUCUGGACCUUUCCUAAAUGGAAAGCAAAAAACGAGAACCGCUGGUUACUGUCAAAAUGGUGGUUACUGUCACUCUGCUAUUGUAGCAGUGCUUGAGAUCUUUAAUAAGAGUCGCAUAUAUUGGAGAUUUGCUCGCCUUGUUGUGCGUUUGGGAGUGCAGCGCACAUCUGAUACCUUAGCUCUAGGGAGGCAGCAGUUCCGAUACAAGCAGCCGCUUAGGAUUCGGUAGACGUCUGCACAAAUGUCCCAUGUAAGAAUUCAGGUUGUACUACUUGAACAUAUAGGAACAUUUCAAUCUACAAAUCUGAAAGAAUACUAGGUAUAGAUAACUCGAGAUUUAACAUCUCCUUUUAUUUCCCAAAUCCUAGGCUUUAUUGUCUUAUGGUGCAAGAUUGGGUCCAGUUUAUGGUGCUGAGAGCAGUGUAGUGUUCAUAUAGAACAUCAGAAUGAAAAUGAAACUAAAGGUUAGCUUAAGAUGCUAACAAAUUGUUAGAACAAAGCCACAACACUUUGAACAGCACGCAGAGUUUUAUACAAACUACAGAGAAAGGCUGUACUACAUGUAACAAUCAUCUAGCCUCCCGUUUUGUCCGUGUGAAGGUAGCAGAGCAGCUUGGAACAAAGCUUGUGCUUGUAUUCCCCAGAUAGGCCCCUACUCUGUGUAUCUUUCAGCUGCUUGUUAGCUGUGGGCGUCCAGCUAGAGGUGUCAGCGCACUUGUUCCUGAAGUCGCUGUGCUUGUGUUUAGUGAGCAUAUGUUGUGAAGUUUGCACUCUUCCUAACUAGUACUGGGAAAAGAGGGAGGUGCUUUUUAACCAUUUCUUUCUGUUUGCAAAUACAUCCCACUUUCAACAGAGGUCCUUGCAAAGCAGCUAGUAACGAAUUAAAAUGAGAUUGGUGGGAAAAAAAGCUAUACUGGGUUAUCUAUUUUGUGGAAACAGAUUUUAAGUUCUCCUGUGGUGGGAAUGUCAAUUCUUUCACUUGAAAUGGCAUGCUGAUAAGUGUUGCUGUAAGCUCAGUGCAUUUUGCCAAAGAUUUUGAACUUUAUUUCACGAUACUGGUGCUGAACACAAAAUUUGGAUACAGUUUCCUUCCAUUAAUCCCGUUGGCAGUUAAUUCAAUAUUUCAUUUAAUUCGAUACCGGCCAGCGCCCACGCAUAUCUAUGGGCCUUGGUCAGAUAAAUCUAACUUCCCCAGUCAAAUGCCUGACUAAAUGACUAAUGGAUCAGUAAUGACUAAAGGGGUCAUUACUGAUUCCAGCAAUGACCCCUUUAGUGGCAGCGUCUGUCUCUGCGGAGCUCAAGGGACAGUGAAUGCAUUGAAUCUCCCAUUGAAAAUUCCCAUCUUCAGCUUGCCCUAGGAAGAUUAAGUAAUAGCUGUAGCUCCCAAUAUCUGAUAAUAGUAUUUAUACGAUUCUAGCAGACGCCUUCCUUCAUUUCUUACUCCUUGCCCUCCCCCCCCCCCUACACACACACACACUUUUUUUGUUUAAAGAAAUUGCGCCAUAAAUUGCCUGUGCAAUGCGAUUGGCGGGGGGGGGGGGGGAUACAAAACCAAAACCGCUAUCGCGGCGUUCAUAUGCUUUACUGCAUAACAUGGAUCACUGCAGUGAAGCUGACUUUAGAAAACCAGCUGCCAUUGUGCAACAAACAUUAGACCCUUGGCCACCUUUCUUGCUAAAAAAAUGGGCGCAAGCUAGACUUCUGCUUUGUUUAGACACUUCAACGCCAUUUCUAUGUUAGUUUCCUGUUUUGAGCACAGAAAUGGGGUGCUCAUUUUAUUCGGGGUUGUGUUAACAUUGCUCAAAUACUGCCAAAUGAAUCGCCGUUGUGUGCGUGUUUUUUUUUUUUCAUUUUUUCUAAAUCUUUUUUAACUCAAACCUCUGAAUAAUUGGUCAUUUUCAUCAGUCACUUUGGGGUUGAAUUAACAGAAGUCGAUUGUAUUCGUUACUGUUGCUGGGACCUGUGCAGUCGGGACCUGUGCUCUGAGGAAAUGGAUUACAAAAUUAUAAAAUUUUGGUAAUGAGCUAACAUGACUCUGCAAUUUGUCUUGCAAGUAGCAUCCACCUCUUCAUGUAAUCCAGCUCAUGUGACGGUAUUGCAAAUAUCUACCACAGGAGAUCCUUAGUAAUUCUGUUUGCAUUAAGAUAACUCUGUUUACACGGCCUACUAUUACAAGCUUGAGGUUUACACUUCUCGUGCUGCGCGCACUUGCAUGAAUCUUCCCCCAAGUCGGGGAACUGCAAACACGUUCCGCGGUCUGCACACAGAUGUCGUUGCCGAGGCACAGUUUUGUUCUGCACGAGAGGUAUGCUGGCUGGCGUGGCAAAAAUGCCACAUUGGCCAGUAACCUUGCAUGUUGUUCAGGUACAGUGCACGAUGGAUUGUAAAUUUCGGUUCAUUGGUAGGCAUCCCCCACAUUUUGGAGGGAUUUCCACUGCCGAACAUUUAGCACAUGCAAUUGCCGACAUCUAAAACCUCGGGUACGACAAUCUUGGCCCUCCUUUCACUGCCCUAUCCCUUCCCCCCCUUUUUUUGUGCUGUUUUCCAUAAAGGGAUGGUAGCCAUCAGAGGUGUUGAAAAAGUUUUCACACACUGCUAUCCAGCCUUAUGUCAGAAUUUUUAAAUAUUCUUACACUUACUGUAAGGCAAUAGCUUCUGCACCCUCUUUGUUUAGUGACACUCCAUGCUACUCUUAAUACACCAACUACUACUAUUUUAUCACUGUUUGCAUAUUUCACUUCUAAUGUGUGUGACGAAAGCAGGUUCACUUUGCUGUUUUGCAACUCUGUAAUGAUUGUAAUCUUGCCGCUACAACUGGUAAAUGUGGUGUUAUGCUCUACCGUGCUGCUCUGUUCACGCCUUUCUUCCCGCUGUAGAUAAGAAUCUGUGCGUGACAAAAUGUAGUCAGUGAAGGUCGUGGUUUUCACACUGUAUCUCCAUAGUGGGCUUGCAGUCGAGAAAUGGUGCAAGUUGAACAUUCAAAGUUGAGGCUGUGACGAAAUGUGGUACUAUGUAGUAGCAAGUGGCAUUGCUUGUUGCACAUGCCUUUGUAGAGAAGAAAAAAAAUAUUCGUCUGCUUGCUGUAGUCCUGGACAGGUUGAAGAUGCAUUUUGUUUUCUGGUGUUGCAUUCUGGAGCUGUCGCACUUAGUGGUACCUAAGGCAGUUUCAUCAUGAGAAUAAAUAGGUUCCAAGUGGUUUCUUCAUUCCUGCAGACGCAUUCAGUGCCAUGUUUCACAUCAUUUGUAGGACUACCAAAGCACAGGUUCAAUGACUGGUUGAAGAGGAUGCUUGCUUGAUGUAACAUCCAGCAUUGACGCCUCACAGUAACAAAGGUUAUAAUGUGUUGAUGUCGUAUUUCUGCUGCCUAUUGUGUUGGUGCAGCAGAAAACAAAACUGUUUGGAAGUAAUGUCACCAAAGUGUACACUCACACUCAAUCCUACAGUGAUUUCUUGCUUGCACCAGUUUAGCCAUUUGGAGUGCGCUGACAGUGGUACCUGCAAAGGUGACAGCUCCCAAAUGCCGCUCUUCCUCGACGCUGGUCCACUACUUCCUGUAGAUGAGCUCGCUGUAUGUUUGUCAUCUUAGCCCUUGACGAGGAGCGAAGCAGGUUAUAACCACAGAAGGUGCUCAUGUUUUAAGAUCUACAGUGCUAUUAAUGAGAUGGGCUUGAAUUCUGUACCUGGCUUGCAGCAGACUGGACAAAGGUGGUAAAGUGGUCCACUGAUGACACAAUUGACUAUUUGGGCUCUUGCCUGCAUGUAAAGGCUGCACUGUAUUGAAGUAAUUUACUGCUGCAUGCAACUACAGCAGAAGCUUCAGAUAGCGUUGAGAAAGGUGCAGCCUUAAACACACAGCUUUUAACAUGUGAAUUGACUUAAAGCAGCCUUGUACAGCAGGCACUUGGCUUCUAAAAAAAAGAGGUGUCCAUAGAAUGCAUUUCUCACUGGACAAAUUUGUUUUUGCACAGGAGUGAAAAGGUGCAGAAGGCAUGUUUGCUUUAAAUGUAUUGUAGGCUGUACUUGCAAAGCAGAGAUGUUACGUGAAAGCAUUGGCAAAAAUGAACUACUGGCAUCGUGCCUCAUGCAUUUAGAGAUUAAGCUGCACAUCAAAGUUGUUGUAGCUGCAUGUAAGCAUGUUAAGGACUAUGGAAGCUCUUAUUAAAAAUAAAAGCAAAACAAGAAAACUGUGGUAAUGUCUCGCAGCAACUCUGACAUGUUUCUGUACUGCACUGUGGACCCUUCUUCUAAUUGUCAAGUUUUCAUAUUCAUGUGAUGCUUCUGCCAAACUAACGGCUGCGCAGGCUAUCAUGCGAACAAUGACAAAACGCCAGCUGCAACUGGCCACAUUCAUCUACGACGUACAAUACUGAAAUUGUGCGAACCACAACUGGCACCUUUCAUCUCGAAAGAUCUUUCUUUACAAUAAUUUGCCGAUUUGGAAAUAAGCCUUGUCUCCAAUGUUGGCCACGUUGCUAAUUUGAAAAUGUGCUCGCCGGCACCCUGGGCCGUUCUGGCUCGUUUGCACAGAAUGGUGUGUACCACAUUUGUCAUCAAAAGCAGCAGCAUUUGUACGGCUUUGGCCCGAGCCUUCCUGAGAAAAAUUAAUUUCUGUGAAAAUGCAUGGUGCUUGCACAUCUCACAAGCAGCAUGCCACGCCUGUCGGGUAUCGUUUGUCGAGAGAAGAGCCUUUGUACGUCACCAGUAGCUUCUGUACGCAUGUGCUCUUCUUCAGUGUGCAGUUUCUUGUGGGUGUGUGUUUUUUGUACACGACUACUAACAAUUGCUGUUCAUCACCACCACAACUACUACUACUGUACUAUUACUACUACUGUUUGCACAUUGCUUAGGUGGAAUGCUCUCCAAAUGUGUAUUAGUCAGCACACUUUAUGAAUUGGGUGGAGUUUGGUGUUGUGCCUUCCAGGGAAGAAUAUUUCCAUCUUCCUCACAAGUCUCUUGUAGGUCUUUUUAAGAAUGUGGUGUGUACUCGUCCUGUCGUGGUCUCUCUUCUUUUUUGUCCUCUGUUGUGAAUGUUCUUAAAUACAGAUUCACAGUGCUCAUUGGUGGAAACUAUGAAUAGAGUUUUGUUUUGGUUUGUUUA